AUAAACACAGGCGAUUUGUCAUAAAGUUUUUCGCUUGUUUGUAAAUUGCUCAUUUAGGUGCAUAUCUACUUGUCAAAAUGUUCAAAUUGUCUUCAUCACUUUCUAAAGAUUUGCUGAGGAAUUUCUCGAAACAAAAUCAAAGAGAACUCUGGUGGUGGACAGUAAUCAUGUUCAAUAAAAUGGAUGAAGAAAGAACCAAAACAUUGGGAUAUGACAGAACUACUGCAGAAUGGGUUCUUCGUAAUGGUGGCUGCGUUAGAUUUAUCGGCUCACCAUUACUAUUCUGUGAUUACAAUACACUACCUCCUGAAAAUACAAAAUUCUUCGUCAAAGAAAUCGAAGCAACAGAUGCUGGACUUAAUACCGAUGGUUUUGACCACAUUAAGGGAUGUCAUAAACUUGAUAGAAUUUUUCUUAAAAAUUGUAAGUAUCUAGAAGACGAUUCACUGAAAAAAUUUAUGCUCCGAAAAGAUUCGCUGAAAAUUGUUGAGAUUAUUCAAUGUAAAAAUCUUACUGACGAUGGUCUUCAACAUUUAACAAAGUUAAUAAACUUAGAAAAACUGAUAGUCCAUAAUUUGCCUUACGUCAAGCACCUAGAAAAAGUUCAGGAAGAUUUAAGAAAAGCUCUCCCAAAAUGUACAAUUCAGAUUAAUCCUUAA